GGGAUGAAAAAGCUAAGUGUGAAAGAACUUGAGAGAUGACGAAAGGAGCGACCCUUGUGUGAUUCUCCUCUUCUCUUUCCCUGUUUAUCAAAACGCACCGACUUGUUGCGUUUUGAAUUCACCGCAUUUUUCCAUGAAUAGCGCGGGGCGUUCUUCCGGUGACUCGCCGCCGAAGGAGGAUAUCGAGUGGGAGAUGCGUCCCGGUGGCAUGUUCGUACAGAGACGCGAAGCUGGCGACGAUGAUCAUAACGACGGACCAAUGAUCAGCAUCAGUGUCGCUUACGGUUCUUCUGACCACGAAGUUUAUCUCCCAGCUCAAUCUACUUUCUGGGAUGUUAAGAAACUGCUUGCACACAAAACUGGUUUAAAGCCUGAGCAGCAAAGACUCUUCUUUAGAGAAAAAGAAAUGGACAAUAAAGAGAACUUGCACGUGGAAGGUGUGAAGGACAAGUCAAAGCUUUUGCUUUUGGAGGAUGCUGCUAGCAAAGAGAGUAAUCUCGAGGAAGGUAGAAAACACAAUGAAAUGUUAAAAGCUUUUGAAGCUGUUGCUUUAGUCAGAUCAGAGGUGGACAAACUUUGUGAGAGGGUGUCGGCCUUGGAGGUGGCUGUGAAUGGAGGGACCCAGGUUUCUGACAAAGAGUUCGUUGUUUCCACAGAAUUGCUUAUGAGGCAAUUGCUGAAGCUGGAUGGUAUUAAGGCUGAAGGUGAAGCAAAGUUGCAGAGAAAAGCCGAGGUGCGUCGUGUGCAGAAUGCUGUGGAUGCCUUAGAUUCCUUAAAGGCAAGAAACUCCAAACCUUUUAGCACCAUUGGUAACGCAGCCUCAGUAACAACCCAAUGGGAGACGUUUGGCUCUGGAAUGGGAAGCUUAAAUGCUCCAACCUCGUCAUCACCAUCUUCUGCAAAUGUUACUCAAGAUUGGGAGCGGUAUGAUUAGUUCAGAAAAUGUUGCAUCAACAUGAAAUUAUACAGUACGUACAAUACCAUAUUUUUGGACCUUGAUUCUUCAUUUAAGGUCAUAUUUUUUGUACUUAAGGCAAUAUCUUUCAACCUUUUGAUUGUCGUUGAUGAAUACAAAAAGGUAAAUGAAGGAGCAUAUUCUAGAUACUCCUGCCACAAAUCUGUUCAUGAAAUUAUGAGAGUUCAUCAAUUGUUAGUAUUGAUCUGGCCUGAUGGCAUGUUAGAUUUUUAAAAAAAUUCACUGUUUUUAAUUUA